UCAUUCUCAUUUUAAAAACUUGCACAGUGGCAACAUAAUCUUAAAUAUAAUUUAACAUGGGAAAAGUUCUAUCUAUCGCUGCUCGUCAGGUAAAUAGAUUCAACAUCGAAAGUCGCGCUGAGAAAGUGAUAUCUCAAUCAAAACCAAAACCAGCUCCUACAUUUCAAUCGAACUUGAAAGAUCUACAGAGAGUUCUUGACGAAAACCCGGAAUUGAUCCAGGAGUUAAAUAAAAAAAACCAACCUUUGGAUGACCAUUUGAAGCAAGUGUUCGUUACGUCGACUGACACGAUAAAUAAUGAAGCUGCCCACAAAGACUCCAGCAAACCACUACCUUUGAACCGAUCCACUAACGAAGAAUUCGAAUUUGGACACUUGGAGCCUCAAAAGAUUUCGAAGGGUCACUGCACGCUACGACAAGCGAUAGAAUUCAUCUCUAAGCAUCACACAGAGCCUAACACAUGGACUUGUAGUAAAAUAUCGAACGAUUACGGUAUGAAAGAAUCGCUUGUUCAAAAUAUUUUGCAUCAUUUUAAGACGUUUGAAUUGCACUUGCCCGAAAAAGUUAUCGAAAAAAGAAAACUGCUGAAACCUUCAGCAAAUAAAUCCAUUGAAUAAAAUAUAAAUGUUGUC